AUGGCGUACCUGGACAAGCACAGUAUUACCUACGAUAAGCAACGCCUGAAAUCUGAUUUGUUCAUGCUACUAAAGGCAACCAACCCACAAACAAAAUACCUCACUGACGUUCUCUCCAAUGAUGCAGGUCAUGAUGUCCUCAGACUUCCAGUGGGCCAUUGUGAACUGAAUACUAUAGAACUGGUAUGGGCGCAAGUCAAAGGAUACGCUGCAGACCACAACAAGGAUUUUACAAUGAGAGCCAUCGAACAACUGGCCAGAGAAGGCGCUGAAAACGUGAUGGCGGCCAAAUGGAAGAAGUGUGUCAACCACGUUAUCCAGAAAGUGGAAAACCACUACAGAACAUCAGACGGCGUGGUAGAACAAGCAGUAGAAAGUCUAGUUAUAGAAGUAGGUGCAGAGGACUCUUCAGACAGUGAAGAGAUCCUGCUAGGAGACGACGAGAAUGAUAACAAUGAUUAUUACAAUUAG